UGUUAACAAAGCCUGGGGAGAGCGGCGCGCUGCUGGUAGUGGGCACAAACAAUGCAGAAUUCCCGGGCCAGAAGGACAUUUGACAGAACUCCCAGGAUAAGGAGGGAACUCAGCCCACCCGGCAAGUGCGCUGAAAUGGGCUCUUACUGGAUAAAAAAAGGGAAAAUUAGAUAUGUCAACGUAUCCUGUUGAAAGCAUUAGAAACUUCAGUAUUAUAGCUCAUGUAGAUCAUGGCAAAAGUACACUAGCAGACAGAUUGCUGGAAAUUACAGGAACAAUUUCUAAAACUGACCGCAAUAAACAAGUGCUGGAUAAACUUCAAGUGGAACGUGAAAGAGGAAUUACAGUUAAAGCCCAAUCUGCAUCUCUCUUUUACAAUCAUGAAGGAAUAAACUACCUCUUAAAUCUUAUUGACACACCUGGCCACGUAGAUUUCAGCUAUGAAGUAUCACGGUCACUCUCUGCCUGUCAAGGUGUCAUACUUGUAGUGGAUGCAAAUGAGGGUAUUCAGGCUCAGACAGUGGCAAACUUCUAUCUUGCCUUUGAAGCACAGCUUUCAAUAAUUCCUGUCAUAAAUAAGAUUGACUUGAAAAAUGCAGACCCUGAAAGAGUUGAAAAACAAAUUGAGAAGCUUUUUGAUAUCCCUAGAGAUGACUGUAUAAGGAUUUCUGCUAAACAAGGAACAAAUGUUGAAAAAGUUCUUCAAAAGGUUAUUGAGAAGAUCCCACCACCCCAGUGUAAUUCUGCUGAUCCAUUGAAAGCCUUAGUAUUUGACUCUACCUUUGACCACUACCGAGGUGUUAUAGCUAACAUUGCGCUCUUUGGUGGGGAGAUUGCAAAAGGACAGAAAAUUGUGUCUGCACACACAAAGAAAAGAUAUGAAGUUAAUGAAGUCGGAAUUCUGACUCCAAAUGAACAGCCAACACAUAAGCUCUAUGCAGGACAGGUGGGGUACCUGAUUGCUGGAAUGAAAGAAGUAACGGAAGCCCAAAUAGGAGACACACUGUUUUUGUAUAAACAGCCAGUGGAGCCUUUGCCUGGCUUUAAGUCAGCGAAGCCAAUGGUUUUUGCAGGAAUGUAUCCAAUAGAUCAAACAGAAUAUAAUAAUCUCAAAAGUGCUUUGGAAAGGCUGACAUUGAAUGAUUCCAGUGUAACUGUUCAUCGUGACAGUAGCCUUGCCUUAGGAGCUGGAUGGAGAUUGGGUUUCCUUGGUCUUCUACAUAUGGAAGUCUUUAAUCAACGUUUGGAGCAAGAGUAUAACAUGUCUGUUAUUUUGACUGCACCUACAGUUCCAUAUAAAGCUGUUCUUUCCUCAGCAAAGUUGAUAAAGGAGUAUGGAAAAGAUGAGAUAACUAUUAUCAACCCUGCUCAGUUUCCUGAUAAACUUUCAGUAUCAGAAUAUUUGGAGCCAACUGUUCUUGGUACUAUUGUAACACCUCAUGAAUAUAUUGGGAAAAUAAUUACCUUGUGUCAGGAUCGUAGGGCAGUCCAGAAGGAUAUGCUGUACAUUGAUGAAAACAGGGUUAUGCUAAAAUACCUCUUUCCACUGAAUGAAAUUGUGGUGGAUUUUUAUGAUGCUCUUAAGUCUCUGUCUUCUGGCUAUGCAAGUUUUGAUUAUGAAGAUGCAGGUUACCAAUCAGCAGACCUAAUCAAAAUGGAUAUUCUUGUGAAUGGAAAUCCAGUUGAAGAACUGGCAACUGUCAUACACAAGGAUAAAGCAUAUGCUGCUGGUAAACUCCUGUGUGAACGUUUAAAAGAGACUAUUCCUAGACAGUUGUUUGAAAUAGCCAUCCAGGCUGCCAUUGGCAAGAAAAUCAUUGCAAGAGAAACGCUGAAAGCUUACAGAAAAAAUGUUGUGGCAAAAUGUUAUGGUGGAGACAUUACAAGAAGAAUGAAGCUUUUAAAGAGGCAAGCUGAAGGCAAAAGAUUGAUGAGAAAAAUUGGCAAUGUUGAGGUUCCAAGGGAUGCCUUUAUACGUGUUCUAAAGAGAGAAACUGACAAAUAGAGAUCAGUGACAUCUGAUCAUUCCAAUCAUGUCAGCUUUUUGCAGACAGUAGCCAAGUGAGCUAAUAAGUGAUUUAUCACUGUGAGGGGAACAUGCCUGACUUUAAAUGGUAUGAAUUCAGUAUGUGUGGGAAGAUGCAUUGAAAGGACUUAAAAAUGUACAUAUAUUUGUAGAUUAUUAUGAAAUUAAAGUUACUUGACUGCAUCUAAAAGCUCUCAUGUUUUUCAUUUUAUUUCACUGUUUUCAUACUUUUAACACUUAAAAUUAACACAGUUUUGGAGUUUUUUGCAUUGCAAGUCUCUAUGAGAGAACUAUAUGGCAGAAAGGUUAUAAAAUAAUUUAAAGGUAUGUGUAGACAAACAAUGCUGUGUUGGUUUGGUUUUUUUCUUUUAAAGUUUGAACUGUUGGCACAAAAGUAUCAAGCUGUUUCCUGUUUUACUUUCUCUGAAGUUGAUGUUGUCAGGAAAAUGUGAUGAUGGGAAACCACAUCAGAUGAAAAAAAACAAAACUUUUAAAUUUACCACACUGUUUAUUUUAAACCAAUUGAAGUGUGUAAGUUUACCAUUAGUUCAGCACAGCUAUGCUCGUCUCCAGGCAAAUAGCAAGUUUUAAUAUAUUAAGACACAUGAUCUGUAACUGUUCCACUAUUAAGACCAAUUCAGGCCUUAAAAAUUUAUUUAACAUGAAGUUUUGGUUACAGCAUGUUUUGGUGUAGUUGGUGAAGUUUCAUUUAUACUGUUUACAUACUAAAGUUUGUCAGUGCAUCCUCAAUUAAAUGCUGCAGUGUAGUGUGUGUAACUUUUGGAAGUGUACACAAAGCAAUUAUAAACAUAAGUUAAUGACCUUGCUAUAUACUGUAUUUGCAACUGCUUACCCACCUCCAAAAGCGUUUAUGCUGCAUUUUCUUUUUUGUUUUUGAUCUUCAGGGACUA